AUACAACAGGCAAGGAUGAGAUGGAAGAUUUUGGUAUUUUUACAGAUAAAUAUUUAAGAAUAAUAAACUUGGAUAAAUACAUGAUCAUUGACUAUCUAAAAGAUGAAUUUUUCGCUAAUUAUGAAAAGGAUAAUGAAAUAAAAAAUGAUGAUGAAAGAGCAUUAUUUUUACAUUUUAUGAAUAGUUGUAUAAAAGUUUUUAGGAACACAGUAAUUGAAG